AUUAAUCCACAAUUGUAAUAAUCUGAUAAAGUAUCAAUACGUGUUUUAUGGCUUUACAUUUUGUAUAAAAACUGAGCGUUGUCACUCUGGAAAUUAUAGUUUUCUUUGCUCUUUGACAAAGCAAGUAAAAACCUCAACCCUUCACAAUGAAAUCCUUCGUUGCUCUGUUCGCCCUGCUGGCCGUGGCUGCCGCCAACCCUCUGCCCCUCGUGCAGAUCAUCGUGAACGUCGAUGCUCCCUCCGACGUCGCCGUUGGCCCCGCCAUCGUCCCUGAGCCCAUCAAGCCUUCCCCCGUCCAUAUUGUCGAUGAGGCUGUCAAUGACGUUCCUGUCAUCCCCGAGCCAGUCAUCAUUCCCGAGCCUGUCUUCCCCGACGUCGUCGUGCCCGAGCCCGUCGUCAUGCCCGAGCCAGUCCUCCCCGAGGUUGUGAUCCCUGAGCCCGUUGUCAUGCCCGAGCCUGUCCUCCCCGAAGUUGUCGUCCCCGAGCCCGUCGUCAUGCCCGAGCCAGUCCUCCCCGAGGUCGUCGUCCCUGAGCCCGUCGUCAUGCCCGAGCCCGUCCUCCCCGAAGUUGAGGUUGGCCCCGUUGUCGCCCUCCCCGAAGAACUCAACUAAGCUAACAACAACCAAAACCAUCUGUCUGCUACGACCAACGGAGAAGACCCAAAACGAAGUGACUUUUUGAGGAUCAAUGGACCAAUGACAUUUUCAAUCUACGAUAUUUCCUGAAGGAAUUGGAUUGAAAUGUUUGACACCAUCUGCAGAUAUAAACUGUAUUAUAUAAGAGCAAUACACGUAUUUUUCUAA